AUGCCGCCCCGGAUUGAUCAGGCCGCUAUGGUCACCGAAGCGUUCUUCGCGCAUUUCUUAGCGUACUUCACUUCAGACGGCGAUUUUCGAGAUCUACAGAACGAGAAUACAUGGAUCCAUCACCUCCCACGCCUGUCUACCGACGGAACUAACAACGCGCUUAACCUCGCCCUUCGCGCUACGGCCACCGCCUACUGCGCCACGGAAGUCAACAACCCGUCGAUCAUGCAGCAUGCAUUUACCCUUUACGGAGAGGCUCUCUUUGCGCAUCUGAAGCUGCUGAGUUCGAAGCCGAAAGAGUACACUGUACAUAUGGUGUCGACGUCUGUACUCCUUUCAAUCUUUGAAGCGAUGCAUGCCACAACAACGGACGGAUAUUACGAGCAUAUUAACGGCGCGGUCAAGAUGAUGGAGCUUGCGGGCCCUAAUCAGUGUUACGGUGGAGUGCUAUGCCAACUAUUUUUCCAUAUUCGAACACAGAUGGCCUUUGUCAAUCUCACGAGUCAUAAAUCAGCGCCUGUACAAGUGCGGAAAAUUCUUGUUGAGACGUUGGAGUACCGCCGCCUCCCCGUCAUCCAACAAUUGAUGGAUUAUAUGGCCAUACUCACCGAACUUUAUAUGCGAAGGAGCAACGGUAGAAGCUACGAGCAAGGCAUGGAUCUUCCCGCUUACAUUCACCUUUUGUCAUCCGUGAAUGCUUUGUGGGCUGAGUAUCAAGAGGAAGCGGAGUCUCGUGGACAACCCUUGUGUCGGCUUGACAACGUAACCUUAGACCCAGUUUUCCGCGACGCAUUCACUGCGUUGACCAUAGCAUAUUUCUGCGCUGCGCGUGUUCUUCUCGCCAUCCUGGAUCCUCAGUCGAUGACUACUCGGGCUGAACUUACGGGUCAUUGCGCCACUAUUAUCUCGUGCGCACGGUAUUUACAAACGGAAAGCAUCGGCGUGGUUUAUAUGCGGAUGACGACGCCGCUGUAUCUCGUUUGCCUUCAUAGCCCCGAUCCACUGCUGAUAACAGAGACUCUCAGGAUGUUCGAGACCUGGAAGGGUGGGGCUAUGAAAGGUGUUACUGCUCGGGCAUUGGAGAAGAUAUAUGCGCGACGGAAUUCCAGGACGGGGGGACAUUAA